GGUGCUGCUAUUGUUCCUAAUCAUUCCAGAUUAAAGCUGGCCUUGAGAACAUGAAGGCCUCUUCUGCCCUUUUUCUCCCUCUACUCCUGUCCCUCAGCAAUGCUCAGGUACCCCACUGGGGUACCUGUCCAGAGCCCCCGCUCCAGCCAAACUUUGUCUUGAAAAAGUUCCUUGGGACAUGGUAUGAAGUUGCAAAACUGCCAGCUCAGUAUGAAAAAGGGAGGUGCAUUGAGACUAACUUGACCAUGAAUGCGGAUGGGACUAUUAAAGUAUCCAGCUCAGAAAUACGGAAAGGACAGUUGAAGACUCUGGAGGGGACUGGUAUCGUUGAGGACAUUAAUCAGCCAGCCAAACUGGGAAUCAGCUUCUCUUUCCUCGCACCGUACUCCCCGUACUGGAUUAUAUCGACCGACUAUGACAAAUCGGCACUGGUUUACUCCUGCACUGACAUCCUGAGGGUUUUUCACGUGGACUUUGCCUGGAUCCUGGGCCGCACACGCACCCUUCCGGCAGACACCAUCAACAAAGCGAAAGACAUUUUUACCAAAAGCAACAUUGAUGUCACUAGGAUGGUUGCAUCUAAACAGCAGGGCUGUGACAAAGAGUUUUGAAUGGCCAAAAUGCAAAAAUGUCUGAUGGAGAUCACAAUGGUGCAUCGGUUAAGGAAAGUACAAAAAAUAAAUU